CCGCUACAGCUGGCUCAGUCGACUCGUGGGAUUCACUCGCUCCCUCAUGGCAGACUCAGACGCCGCGGCUGCUGCGCCGGCCAAGCGAUCACCAUCGCCCGCACCACCCUCUGCUACUCAUGCGGCUGGCUCAUCAUCAAGCGCAGACGCCCCAAAGCAGAAGCGCCAACGCAUCGAUCGCCGCGGUGACGAUUCGCGUGGUCAAGACAGCAAUGACAACUCCUCGGGGGCCGCCGAAGGGGAGGUUCGCCUGCCUAAGCGACCCGUCGCCCUCCUCUUUGGGUACUGCGGCGUAGGCUACUCUGGGCUCCAAAUCAACCCUGGCGUAAAGACGAUCGAGGGAGACAUCUUUGACGUCCUAUGCAACGCAGGCUGCGUAUCAAAAGACAAUGCUGUCAACCCGAACAAGGUCAGCCUGCAACGCUCCGCUCGAACCGAUCGUGGUGUCCACGCUGCGGGCAAUCUGCUCAACAUGAAGUGCAUCCUCAACCCUCCUGUCUCGCCGAGCGGGGAGAUGAAGCCGCUGAUCGCCUAUCUCAACUCGCAGCUGCCGCCUUUGAUCAGAAUUUGGAAUAUCGUCAAAGUGCAGAGCAGCUUCAAUGCGAGGAGUAGCUGCGAUUCGAGGUACUACCAGUAUUUGCUGCCUACCUACGUCUUCUUGCCGCCAAAGCCGGGAUCCGCUAUGUGGAAGAUGUACAAGGAGUGGGAGAAGGAGGAGGAGGAGGGCGUGGGAGAGGAGGAAAAGAGGAGAUUGCAACAGAUUCUCUAUCACCCUUUCUGGGCGGAUGCAUACGCGGCGUACAAGGAGAAGGAGGAGAAGGGUCCUGCCGCAAAGGAGGGAGAGGGAGAGGGUGAAGCUUCGGCGGCGACAGCGACAUCAGCAGAGGACCCUACGGACGUCAAAGUGGACUCAGCCACCACCGAUACUGCCCCUCCUCCUGCCGCGGACACCUCCCCUUUCAAAGCGGACACGAUCCGCAAGAGAACCUAUCGCCUCUCAACCGACCCUUCCCCCUACGGCGCCGAGCUUCUCCCGCGAUUACGCACUCUCUGGUCCACCUUCCUCGGCACUCGCAACUUCCACAACUUCACAGUCGGCAAGCCCUUCAAGGACCCCUCGGCCAAGCGCGUAAUGAAGAAGAUGGAGAUCUCCGACCCUUUCAUCGUGGACAAUACGGAGUAUGUCAGCUUGACGUUGCAUGGCCAAUCGUUCAUGCUGCAUCAGAUCAGAAAGAUGGUAGGCUUGAUCGUCAUGCUCGCCCGUUCUCCCGCUCCGGGCCCCAAGCUGCUCAACGCAAGCCUAACGACGAAGGACAAGAUUCACGUACCCAAGGCGCCCGCAUUAGGCCUCUUGCUGAACAGUCCCGUCUUCGUAGGCUACAACGUCAAAGUGCGAGCGCACAAUGCCCAGUUGGAGAAGAUGCACAAGGAGGGCAAGAUCGACGAGACGAGAAAAGCAGACCAAUGGCGCGAGGAGAUCUCUUACGAUCCUUUUAGGGCGGAGAUGGAGGAGUUUAGGAUGAGGCACAUCUACCAGACCCAAUACGAGACGGAGGAGAGGGAGGACGAGUUUGCUAAAUGGCUCAACUAUCUCGACUCCAUCGUUGGGCCGGACUUUUUGUUCCUCAAUCUCAAGGGGAAUAUUCCGAAGGAAUGCUUAGUGGGAGGUAAUGCCGUCGGUGGGGGGAGUAGUGUGAUGAAGGGACUGGGAAAGAGCGAGAGGGCCGAGAAGAGGAAGGAGAGGGAUGCGGCACCUGCAUCUGGGUCGAUCGGAGAGGUGGCGAAGCAGGGCAACGAUGAGGAGUACAAGGGCAGCGAUGAUGAAGAUGAGGCACUUCCUGCUGGAGCAAAGGCGGCAGACUACGAGGGAUAGACGCGUCGGGUCUUAUCAAGCUUUCGAGCAUGCAAUCGGC